AUGCAGGUGUCUAUCGCAUGUACCGAGCAGAACCUUCGCAGCCGGAGCAGUGAGGACCGUCUGUGUGGACCCCGGCCGGGCCCCGGGGGCGGUAAUGGCGGGCCGGUCGGCGGGGGGCAUGGGAAUCCUACGGGGGGAGGAGGGUCGGGCCCCAAGGCCCGGGCCGCAGUGGUCCCCCGACCCCCAGCGCCCGCUGGGGUCCUCCGAGAGAGCACCGGCCGAGGCACUGGCAUGAAAUACAGGAACCUAGGAAAGUCUGGUCUUCGGGUAUCCUGCCUUGGCCUAGGUACCUGGGUCACAUUUGGUUCUCAGAUCUCAGAUGAGACAGCAGAGGAUGUGCUGACAGUAGCCUAUGAGCAUGGCGUAAACCUGUUUGACACCACCGAAGUGUAUGCAGCGGGAAAGGCUGAAAGAACCCUAGGCAACAUCCUCAAGAGCAAAGGUUGGAGGAGAUCAAGCUAUGUCAUCACCACCAAGAUUUUUGGGGGAGGACAGGCAGAAACUGAGCGAGGCUUGAGCCGCAAACACAUCAUUGAGGGCUUGCGAGGAUCCCUGGAACGCCUCCAGCUGGGAUAUGUGGACAUCAUCUUCGCCAAUCGCUCAGACCCCAACAGUCCCAUGGAGGGCUCUCCCUCUCCUAUGUGCCUAGAGAUUGUGCGAGCCAUGACCUAUGUCAUCAACCAGGGCCUGGCCCUAUACUGGGGGACAUCCCGAUGGGGGGCUGCAGAAAUCAUGGAGGCCUACUCCAUGGCCAGACAGUUCAACCUGAUUCCUCCAGUGUGUGAACAAGCUGAGCACCAUCUGUUUCAGAGAGAGAAGGUGGAGAUGCAGCUGCCAGAGCUCUACCACAAGAUUGGUGUUGGCUCAGUCACCUGGUCCCCUCUUGCCUGUGGCCUCAUCACUAGCAAGUAUGAUGGGCGAGUCCCAGAUACCUGCAGGGUCAACAUCAAGGGCUACCAGUGGCACAAAGACAAAGUGCAGAGUGAGGAUGGCAAGAAGCAACAAGCCAAAGUCAUGGACCUUCUCCCCAUCGCUCACCAGCUGGGCUGCACCGUGGCGCAGCUUGCUAUUGCGUGGUGUCUCCGCAGUGAGGGUGUCAGCUCGGUCUUGCUGGGGGUGUCCAGUGCAGAGCAGCUGAUUGAACACCUGGGCGCCCUGCAGGUGCUGAGUCAGCUGACCCCGCAGACGGUGAUGGAGAUAGAAGGGCUCCUGGGCCACAAACCUCAUCUCAAGAAAUAGUCCGUCGGGGGCGCAGGGACCCGCUCCCAGGACCGCUUCCCGCCCCCGCCUCCCUCCCGCUCCGGAUCCCUCCACGCAGCGGCCGGAGCCAGGGAGGCCCCGCCCACUAACGAGUUCCGGUCACAGUAGCGAAAGCAUGAACAAAGCCAUAUCCUCCCGCAGUGGGGCUUGAGAGGGAAAGUAGUCCGCCGCCCCCUAUUGCGUCCUCCUAGGUCUCCCUGCUAAUCCUGGGCAUGAGCUACUGGGCUGUCCCCUCUCUGCCACUUGGCCUCGCUCCCUUCUCUCUUCCCCUAAUCGCCGAGGCCCAGGGGGAAAAAAGGCAGAUACAAGACCCAUGCAGAGUACCUCAGAAGUGGCCCUUGAAAUGUCAUCAUGGGGUAACAACCUAAUAUGAAGUGAGUUUUGAUGUCAUCUGGGACAAAGGAGAUGGGGCUCUUACAUUCGUUACAAAGGAAGCCAGGCUGGUCCUGGCAGGAAGUAAAUGAUAAUCUUUGGGAAACUAGGACCCUGCCUCAGCCAGGAGGUGGAGGAGGGCUUAAAACCACAAAAAGUGUUGAGACUUUGUUCUUGUCAGAGAGGGGUAGGGUGGGGAGUGCAGUGACAAAGCACUGAUGAGGGAAAAUUGACGGCCGAUGUAUAGCCUGUCCUGGCACAAGUGGCCAGGGAAGCCCUUGGAAAGUACGGUUGGGCCGCACUUUGCAGGAAAAGGUGACAGCCUUUAGGUCAGGGCAGAGAAAUGGGGCUGACAUAAAAAGGUCUGGGGAUAAACUUUUGAGCCUUGAGCAGGACUCCUACCCGGGAGUGGAGGACUGUAGUCUUCCUCCUGGCAAUAAUCUUAAAGCAAUAAUGAUGGCCCCUCUUGUGUAAGACUUCCCAGGGAACUGUAAA